AAAAUAACGUAGCUAGAGAAGAUCUGCACAGGGAGGAGGAGGGCUGAAGAACAAAACAAUGACACUGCUCGGACGGACUCAACAACAGUAACACUUUAAAGAGACUUUUUAAGCACGAAUAGAGCGGAUUUACCCUCCUAGUUUUAAAGUAAAAGAGUCCAGCUGAUAUCCGAGCUUUAUGACAUCGGGGGUUUUUGUUGUUGUUGUUGUUGUUAACAGCUGACAGACUGGAGGCUAGCUGCUUGGUUGGCCCGCUAAUUACAGCUUUUCUUUGGGGAAAACAAAGUUGAAACUGUCCGUCUAAAACUAGCUAGCUGUAAGCUAAGUAUUGCUGCUUGUUUUGCCAAAUUAUCCACCGAGUUUGCCAGCUAAGCUACUGAGAGUUAGGUUGCCAGAUAGCCUGUUGUUAGCAUCAACAUUUGCACAUUCAUCCUCUCAGAGAGAGAGCUCAUUGUCUCGGUCGCUACUUGCUACCUAUAUACAUCUUUCUGUCUUAUUUUACAGUUUUAUUUAUCUGCUAACCUCACAUAUAAUGCUUGAUUGUAAUGCUGCAGCUAAAUGCUAACUAGUGGUGAAAACAUAUCUGGUGUAACUCAAGGAGACUGGAGGCUGUUUGUGCUUCAUUGCCUCACUGUUAGUUGCACUAAAUAACAUUAUUAAGUGUUUUAAAUCCAUGCAAAGAAAACUAGUUUGAUAAAUUUGUAUUAUUGUCCUAUUAUAGCCCUCUUACCAUGCAGCUGUUUUAAAGUUAGUCAUUGCAUUUGGUCAUUUUCCCUUUGGAGACUGCUGUUUCUGCUUCAUUGCCUCACUGUUAGUUGCACUAAAUAACAUCAUUAAGUGUUUGAAAUACAUGCAGAGAAAGCUAGUUUGAUAUAUUUGUAUUUAGAGUUAGUUGUUACAGUCACCAGCCCUGUUACCAUGCAGUUGUUUUAAAGUUAGUCAGUGUAUUUGGUCAUUUUCCCUUUGGAGACUGCUGUUUCUGCUUCAUUGCCUCACUGUUAGUUGCACUAAAUAACAUUAUUAAGUGUUUGAAAUCCAUGCAGAGACAACUAGUUUGAUAUAUUAUUGUUGUGAGUUAGUUGUUACAGUCACCAGCCCUCUUACCAUGCAGAUGUUUUAAAGUUAGUCAUUGCAUUUGGUCAUUUUCCCUUUGUUUCUGCUUCAUUGCCUCACUGUUUGUUGCACUAAAUAACAUUAUUAAAACCAUUGUAAGUGUUUGAAAUCCAUGCAGAGAAAACUAGUUUGAUAUAUUUGCAUUAUUGUCCUAUUAUAGCCCUGUUACCAUGCAGCUGUUUUAAAGUUAGUCAUUGUAUUUGGUCAUUUUCCCUUUGUCAGUAUUACCCACAUGUUGUAUAUUUUCCAUUAACUGCUAUUGGAAAAUAGCUGGUACUGUUUGUCAAAAGCUGUUCCCAAUAAGCACUGCUUCUGUAUUUAAGUGUACCUUGUAAGAAACGAUGAGUGGGCAUGGCUCAUCUUCAGAAAAGGGAGUCAAUACCAGCCUAAUAUGUCAAGAGAGUUAUGCCUGUGGUGGCUCUGAGGAGGCUGCAUUUGAAUGUGAUGAAUGCAGAAGCUUGCAGUGUGUUCGUUGUGAGCUCGAGCUCCACAGUCAGGAGCGUCUGAAGAACCACGAGCGGGUUCAGAUAGGACCUGGGCACGUCCCUUACUGUGACAACUGUAAAGGAGGUAAUGGAGACAGUGGCAAACGCCAUAGAGCUGUGGUCCGCUGCCAGAACUGCAAAGUUAACUUGUGCCAAGACUGCCAGAAACGCACCCACAGUGGAGGCAACAAGAAGAAACACCAGCUCACAUCUUAUCCUCCGCCACCCAAACCCGCAGAGGUCAUCUCUGUCCAGGCGUCCGUCCCGCCUGCUGUCCAAAUAGCCGAUGAGACCAAAUCUCAAAGAGCAAAACUUCUGGAGAAGAUUUACAGUUUUCUCUUGGUUGAUGAGAAUGAAGAAAUGCAGCUAAAAGAUGAAUCUUCAUUUGUGAAGAGCCUGAGCUGUAACCCAGACCAGCUGUUGAAGGUGGUGUCCAUCUUUGGCAACACAGGAGAGGGCAAAUCUCACACCCUGAACCACGCGUUCUUCAUGGGCAGGGAAGUGUUCAAGACUUCUCCCACACAAGAGUCCUGCACGGUGGGCGUGUGGGCGGCGUUUGACCCCUUCCGUAAAAUAGUAGUCAUUGACACUGAGGGGCUGCUUGGGAACAGUUCCAAACAGGGCCAGAGGACCCGUCUCUUGCUCAAGGUGCUCGCCAUCUCCGACCUCAUCAUCUACCGCACCCAUGCCGACCGUCUCCAUGACGACCUCUUCAAGUUCCUUGGGGAUGCCUCGGAUGCUUACUUGAAGCAUUUCACCAAGGAACUGAAGGCCACGACGGCCCGCUGUGGCCUGGAUGUCCCUCUGUCCACCUUGGGCCCUGCGGUGGUCAUCUUCCAUGAAACUGUCCACACCAAGCUGCUUGGUUCAGAUAAGGCGUCUGAGUCCGUAGAUCGGCUGCUGUUGGAGCGCUUCAAGAAGCUUUCCCGUUUCCCAGAGGCCUUCAGCUCUGUCCAGUACUGGGGCACCCAGACUCUCAGCCCCCCGACAGACUUCCGUGGCCUGCAGAAUAAACUGGAGCAGCUCCUGGAUAACAACGCCACCCGUUCCCCACGCACCCCUGUGGUCAUCUUCAAAGCCCUGCAGGCAUUAAGCGAGCGCUUUAAUGGGGAAAUUGCAGGUGAGCUUGUAGCCCACAGCUGCUUCUUUCCUGACGAGUACUUCACCUGCUCCAGCCAGUGCCUCAGCUGUGGAUCUGGCUGCAAGAACAGCAUGAACCACUUAGGAGAAGGAGGGUGCCACGAGGCAAAGCUUCGUUGUCGUUAUUCUCUUCAGUAUGAUAAUCGCAUUUACACCUGCAAGGCUUGCUAUGAAGGGGGAAAGGAAGUGAUUGUUGUCCCUAAGACCUCAGCUUCCUCAGACUCUCCAUGGUUGGGCCUCGCCAAAUACGCCUGGUCUGGGUACGUUAUUGAAUGUCCCGGCUGUGGAGUGAUCUAUCGUAGCCGUCAAUACUGGUAUGGGAACCAGGACCCUGUGGAUACAGUUGUCCGCACUGAGAUCCAGCAUGUAUGGCCAGGGUCGGAUGGCUUUCUAAAGGACAAUAGCAAUGCAGCGCAGCGUCUCCUAGAUGGAGUCAACCUAGUGGCCCAGUCUGUGUCAGAGCUCAGUGUCAAACCUGCCAAGGCCGUCACCUCCUGGCUGACAGAUCAGAUCGCCCCAACCUACUGGAAACCCAACUCCCUCAUCUUGGUGUGCCAUAAGUGUCACACAGUCUUCCAGGACAACGACACCAAGCAUCACUGCCGUGCCUGCGGGGAGGGCUUCUGCGACGGCUGCUCUUCCAAAGCUGCGCCCGUCCCUGAGAGAGGCUGGGGUCUUGCCCCUGUCAGAGUCUGUGACGUCUGCUUCGAGCAGAGAGCUUCAUACGCAGAGUCGCUUGAGGCAGAGCUCGAGGAGGAAGAAGGUGGAACCCUCGCCAGGAAGGUUGGAGAAGCAGUCACCAACACCUUCGGGGUUGUGGUCACUGCUAUUGACAUCCCACUUGGCCUUGUGAAAGAUGCUGCCCGUCCUGCCUACUGGGUGCCUGACCAGGACAUCCUGUCCUGCCACAACUGCCAGCGCGACUUCACUGCCAAGCUGUCCAAGCACCACUGCCGCGCCUGUGGCCAAGGAGUGUGCGACGACUGCUCCCCGGAGCGCCGCUCGGUUCCGUCCCGGGGCUGGGACCACCCGGUGCGUGUGUGCUCCAGCUGCAACCAGAAACCUGGAGAACUUUAACAGGGACGGCCUUCCUUCCUCAGAGCACCGGAGAGAACCACUCACUCACUCAGCUCGCAGUCUGUCACUGCUUUACCUCCGUUAAUCUAAUGGUUCUGUCUUGUAUCUGUGGAAAGGAAGUAUUUAGGCAUAUAUAUAUACAUAUAUAGGACAUUUAGCAGAGUUCCUGUGGCCUUUGUAGAACAGCCAGAACAUGUGAGUUACUUGACUGAGUGUGAAACCUGCUUUUCCACUCUGAUUAUUCACAGAGUGAAUAUUUUGAUUGACACAAGUCCCUAAUUUUACGUUAAAUAAGGCUGUUGAGCUAUUUUUCUACUAUCAGAAAAUAUAAAAAAAAUGUAUCAUUUAAAGAAUAAUAGUUAGUUGAGAACUCUGUGGGGUUGGUGUGAUUAGUUUCCAGCGAUUCAUAUUAUUGAGCAUUGUUUUCUCUGAUGUCGCACGUGUAAUGGCAAGGAGAUAUUUUAUAUCCGUGCAGGUAUAACUGCAGGUUCCAUUGCAUGCUGUAUUGCAACAUUUUAGUUUUUUGCACUAAGCCUUUUUUUCAGCUGUUAUAGGCUGUUGCUUACCGUGGCCAAAAAUCCAGAUAUCCAGAUGAUCAAGUAGUCUGAGCUGAAAUCUACCACAGUAGGUCUAGAUUGUGGAUAUCUGGUGUGCCAAAAAUCAUUCAGGUCACUGUGUCUGUGCUGGUAUAAUGUUUAUAUUUUAUCAUGUAAUUUGUGGUUGUAAGAAGACAUAUGUUAGAGGAGUGUACAUUUGAAACGUUGAAAAUUAUUUAUGUAUUGAAGAUUUAAAAAAAAAAAAAAGCUUAUUAACACUCUGACUUGCAUGACAGUCUGAGAGAUCCAUGGCCUUUUACUUGUUCAGAGGAUGGGCUCUGAAUAAACCUCACUAUCUCUUUUACCAAACGGCAAUUUAGUGUGUCCAUGUUAUAAAAUGUUCAUGUUUCAUGUUUUCUUGACCUUGAUUUUAAUUGUUUUUCUAAAUAUUCACAGUUGUUUGGUUGUAUGGAUAUUGAAGAAUAUCCAAAUUUGUCUUCAAACCAGUUUUACAUAUUACACUCACACCUCCACGUCUCCGUAGGCACAGACUGACAGGAUGCAGACUCCUGUGAACACAUUUUAGUUGUGUUUAAGCUCUUCACAGCUUGUUUUUUCCGUUAUUAUUCAUCUGUUAUUGAUAUUGUGUAUUUUCUUUUUCUGUUUUUUGUUUGACACUAGUUACUGUAUGGAUAUUUAUAUACUUUUUAGCAUCUGUAUGCGAACCACUCGUCCUCCAAGUAUUGUUUUUUUUCUCUAUUGUUUUCGUCUUUAAGCAUUACACAGAGAAAUUGAUGCUUGAAUGUGGCAAUGACAUAUUGAACCAUAUAGUGACUGAGAGCUUUACAUCUGGAUAUCAUACAAAGCACAAGGUGAUGCCUUUAACACAUAUGCUUGUAUUUUCUUGUUAACAAUGAGUGGGGGGAAAAAAGGGUUGUUGUCGAUUGUAAGCUUUGUAGAUAAAGUGAAUUCUUCUUUUGCUCCCAACGUGGAACUUCUUGGUUCUGAUGAGAAAAUGUUGUUGUCUUGUCUCAAAAUAGAUUUAUCUGUCUGAAUGUUGCAUCACACACACACACACACACACACCCUCCUCUGAGGUGCUAAUAUUGCACAGUAAAGAAUAGGAAAUACAUCAUGUCAGAUUACGUGCACCGGAGUUCAUUCCCAUGCAAAUUUGUGCAGUCUGUUGCUUCAGAUAUCCUUUUGCAUUUUGUGAUGUCCAUAUUUCUUUUCUGAUUAUAUUAGAUGCAAUCAACACUUCUCACCUCCAGACUACAAAUCAAGCAGGAAUGAUUGAUGCAUUUAAAACUGUGGGAAACAAAACUUGAAAGCGAUGCUGUGUGGAUACUAAAUUGAUGAAAGAUUUGCAUAAGAUUAAAGUUGUAUCAGCUCCCAUCUGUCAAAAAAACAUAAUCUGGAAUCGC